AUGAAGUUUGGUCACCAUUUGAAAACUUCACUCUAUCCAGAGUGGACCUUUUAUUAUCUUGCUUAUGACGAGCUUAAACACGAAAUAAAAACAAGGACUCGUAAUGGAUGGAGUGAAGACGAUGAGUUAUCUUUUGUCGAGCUGCUUGAGAAAGAACUCGACAAAGUCUUUACCUUCCAGACAGAGAAAUCUAACGAAAUCAAUAUAAGAAUUCAAAAUAUUGAGAGGGAGAUUACUGCUGAUUCUAGGAAUGCAACAGAUGAAGAUUAUAUUUUACUGGAGGAAGAAUUAUCUAUGAUUAUUGCUGACGUUCAUGACCUUGCGAAAUUUACUCGUUUAAAUUAUUCUGGUUUCUUGAAAAUCAUAAAGAAACAUGAUAAAAAAACCAAAUGGGUUCUCAAGCCCAUGUUUAUGGUCCGACUGAAUGCAAAGCCCUUUUACAAGGAAAAUUAUGACGCGUUAAUUGUCAAGCUAUCACGCCUUUACGAGAUCGUUCGUACUCGCGGUAAUCCGGUAAAGGGUAACUCGUCUGCCGGAGGCCAACAACAAAAUUUUGUGCGAAACACAACAAAGUAUUGGGUUCACCCCGAUAACAUAACCGAACUCAAGCUUCUCAUAUUAAAGCAUCUUCCUGUUUUAGUAUUUAACCCAAAUAAGGAAUUCGAGGAGGCUGAUUCGGCUAUUACGUCGAUUUACUAUGAUAAUGAGGAUUUUGAACUUUAUCUCGGUCGGCUGGAAAAAACUGAGGGGGCUGAAGCUAUACGGUUAAGGUGGUAUGGGGGAAUGGACUCCAACGAAAUAUUUGUAGAACGUAAGACACAUCGAGAGGAUUGGACGGGUGAAAGUUCGGUGAAAGCACGUUUUCCAUUAAAGGAAAAAUAUGUUAACAAGUAUCUUCGCGGGGAAUAUUUUAUCACAAAACAUCUGGACAACAUGCGUGCAAAGGGGAAAAGUGAGAAGGAAAUCGAAGCUGCAAAACGACUGGCCAAUGAAGUUCAAUAUCGUGUUCUUACCAAAAAAUUGAAACCAGUGAUUCGAUCUUUUUACAACCGGACAGCUUUUCAAUUACCCGGUGACGCUCGUGUUCGCAUAUCACUCGACACUGAAUUAUCCAUGAUCCGUGAAGAUAAUUUUGAGAACAAUCCAAGAAACCGUUCCGGUGAUAACUGGCGUAGAAUGGAUAUUGGCAUUGAUUAUCCGUUUUCUCAGUUACCCGAUAGCGAUAUUGAAAGAUUCCCCUAUGCAGUUUUGGAAGUCAAGCUGCAGACUCAAUAUGGUCAGGAACCACCAGAAUGGGUUCGAGAAUUAGUAUCGAGUCAUCUAGUUGAGGCAGUUCCCAAAUUUUCCAAAUUCAUUCACGGUGUUGCGACCCUAAUAGAUACACGACGAGUUCAACUCUUACCAUUCUGGCUUCCGCAGAUGGAUGUAGAUAUCCGCAAGCCGCCCAGUAAUUUCCGUCUUCAACGUCCGGCUAGUGUUGGUCUCGGUACUGCUUUGAUUGAAGGCAAUGACUUACUGGAGCAGGAUGCCGAUCGAAUCGAAGUUGUAGUUGACGAUGCAGAUGAGAAUUCUGAUAUUGAAAAUGCAGAUGAGGGAACACCUUUGCUUACGCGCUCAAAUCAAAGGCCGGCGAUACAAACACGCGAAUUACAAUCAGAUUCUCUAUCGCUGGAUGCAGAUGAAAUUCUAGCUGCUUCUGGAGGUCGGAUUCCGGAAACAUUCCAGGGUAAACGCAUUGCAGUUCCUGUACGCGUAGAGCCUAAGGUAUUUUUUGCCAACGAGAGGACACUCUUAUCUUGGUUAAAUUUCACAAUAAUUCUGGGUGGGUUGGCUGUUGGAUUGUUAAAUUUUGGUGACAGGAUAUCCAUCAUUGCGGCUGGAAUGUUCACCGCAGUAUCAAUGUCUAUGAUGAUGUACGCGCUUUUCACUUAUCAUUGGAGAUCGUACAUGAUCAAGAAAAGACAUUCGGGACCGUAUGAUGAUAGAAUUGGUCCUACAUUCUUGUGUGUAGCACUGUUGGUUGCUGUGUUAGUUAAUUUCAUUUUAAGAAUUCGAGAGCAUCACCAACAAGUUUAA